CAACUCCAAUGACCAGCACUAACCUAUCCCUUUCUCGCCUUCUUUUGCUAUCACUUCCUCUCUCCUUCGCCCAUCACCUGUCGUCUCUCUCUCUUGCUACCAUUGGGUUGGGUUCUAUCCCCGUCCAGCAUCCUGCGCACCUCCAUCUCUGGCCUGCCUGCCUUUUCUCCUCUCCGACCCAUUCCAUCAGCAAGCUGCUUUCCCCUCCCAAAAAUAUACAAUAAGCACCACCAAAGUUAGCAGCAGGAUAAACUACAAAGGAGAGAGAGAAAAUAAAGGAAACAUCAAGCCGAGAGCUUCAGCUACAGCUCCCCUUUUCGUCUCUCCCCACAUCGAUUCCAGAAACCAUUCUUUACUCUCCAAGAAAACAAGCACCACACACAAACCCUAAACAAAUUCAGCAGUCGGAGCUAGCGCGCCUCCCAUCCUCUCCUUCCUCGCCGACUACUAUUUCCGUCACCACCGCCGCCGCUUCUUCUCCAAUUGUUAAUAUUAUCGAAAGAUGGCAGACCUGGAUUUGGGCGCCAGCUCCUACCUGCACCAGCAGCACCACCACCAGCAGCUACUGCCCCUCCACCUCCACCACGAAGACGGCGGCGGCGCCGCGGGGGGCUCCGACGACGGCCAGGACUCGCUGUCGCCGGGAUCGGGCGGCGGUGGGGGUCCGCCCAGCACCGCCGGAGGCGCGGGCAUCGGCGGCGGGGACGUCGUCGCGCGCCGCCCGCGCGGCCGCCCGCCGGGGUCCAAGAACAAGCCCAAGCCGCCCGUGAUCAUCACCAGGGAGAGCGCCAACGCGCUCCGCGCGCACAUCCUCGAGGUCGCCGCCGGCUGCGACGUCUUCGAGGCGCUCACCGCCUACGCGCGCCGCAGGCAGCGCGGCGUCUGCGUUCUCUCGGCGGCCGGGACCGUGGCCAACGUCACGCUGCGCCAGCCGCAGUCGGCCCAGACGGGCCCGGCGGCCUCGGCGCCGGCGGUCGCCACGCUCCAGGGCCGGUUCGAGAUCCUCUCCCUCGCCGGCUCCUUCCUGCCGCCGCCCGCGCCCCCGGGGGCCACCAGCCUCGCCGCCUUCCUGGCCGCGGGGCAGGGCCAGGUUGUCGGUGGCAGCGUGGCCGGCGCGCUCAUCGCUGCGGGGCCGGUCGUCGUCGUCGCCGCGUCGUUCAGCAACGUCGCCUACGAGAGGCUGCCGCUCGAGGAGGGCGACGAGGUGGCUCCUCCUCCGCCGCCUGCGGGGACCGACCAGCAGCCUGCCGGUAUGCCGUUUGACCCCGCGGCCGCGGCUGCCGCUGGCGGGCUUCCCUUCUUCAACCUGCCUUUGGGGAUGCCGCCAAUGCCGAUGGACGACCACGCCGGCUGGCCUGCUGGCGCCCCUGGAGGUGGUGUUGGGAGGUCGCCCUUCUCGUGACGGAUCCCCCUUCCUUCUCGUGACGGAUCCCAUCGAUCUACCGGCGAAGUGCACGUACGCGCGCGAGGACGUGGACUACUACGUGUACAACAACCAAGUAGCAUCUCUUUCUCUCGAUCUGCCCUCCGCUUCAUUCCUUCUCGAUCUCUCUUUUCUGGCGCCAUUGUUGUGAUCCUCUCUAUUUCUCUCUGAUGUUUUUUUAUGUUAACCUGUAUGGGACUUGAUUGUGGUAAUUCUUGAUCAGUUGAGUGUCUCGGUUAAUUUGAACUAUGUGUUGUGAGGACAUGCACUCAUAAAUUGAUCAAAAUUUGUUUUUCUUUA